AUGUGCGGGAUUAGUCGACAACUUUUUGGAGAUAAACUUACAUGUAGGGAUGAAAAAGGAAGACCUAUAGAUUGGUAUUAUCUUUAUAAGUUACCGAAAAAUUACGAAUCAGAGCUAGCUUCCAAUGAAAUUUCUUCAGACAAAACAGGGUUACGAUAUAUUUUUAUAUCAUCAGAUAACGAUGAAAAGUGGCAUUUUUCAACCACUUUUAUUAAUGAAAGCAAAAGUUUUCCUGGUCAAACACUGGCACCAAUAUACGAUGAUCAAAAUGACUUGAUGACGUUGUUUUAUAAUGAUGAAAAUCCUAAUGGUACGGUGAAUUUCAUUGAAGGUCAUACGAAAGGUGUCUUAGCUGCAAAUAAUCAAUCAGGAUUUUGGUUAAUACAUUCUGUACCUAAAUACCCUAACAUAACAAAAUAUGAAUAUCCUAAAAAUGGUUUACAUUAUGGUCAGAGUUUUUUAUGUAUAACUUUACCACCUAAUCAAAUCAAUAUUGUUGGAGAACAAUUUUUAUAUAAUGAACCAAAUAUUUAUUAUGAAAAAAUACCAAAUACUUACAAAAAUAAUUUUCCAAAUAUUGAAAAAGUAUUGCAAAAAUCAUGGAAAUCGCAAGGUCCUGGACCAUAUUUUAAUGAAGCUGAAAUAAUUUCGACGGGUGGAACUAAAUUUCGUUCAUUUGCUAAAGGAAGAAAAUUUGAACAAGAAUUAUAUGAAGAUUUAGUUGCACCUCAAUUGAAUGUUAAUUUAAUGGUAGAAUCUUGGCGAUUAGGUGAAGGAAAUUUACCAAGUGAUUGCAAAAAGCCAACAUAUGUUUAUAAUAUAAAAUCAAUUUCGCUAAAUGCAUUUAAUAUAAAGUUUAAAACAACAUUAGAUCAUUCGAAAUGGGCAGUUUCUGAUGGUAAUCCAUGGAUAUGUGUUGGUGAUAUAAAUCGUCAAGAACAUCAAUUGAUAAGAGGCGGUGGCACUGUUUGCCAAUUAAAUAAUGUUUUAGCUAACAUAUAUAAUAAAUUAAUUAAUGAAAUUGAAAAUUGCCCAAAAAAUUCAACAAAUUCCAUAGUAAACAGUAAUAGUUACAACACUAACCUUAAAUAAAUAUACGAACGUGCAUAAAACAUACAUACAUACAUCCGAAAAUUUCAAAAUAAAAAUGAAAAAUAUUUUACAUGCAUGAAAUUUUGCCCAUAU